UAUAAACUUGAAUAAUGAGAAGCAAUAAAUAAUCUAAUAAAUUAUACUGUCAUCUAAAGUUUUUAAAAUAAUAAAAUAAAUAAAUAAAACAGCAAAAUGACGUUGCAAUUAGAGUCUACGACACCUGAAAAAAUGCUUUCUCUAAUUCAAGAUCUCGCUGACUUGCCUUGCAGUAUUAUGCAAAAAAAUUUAAACAAAUAUAUUCAAUCAAAAUCUGGAGUUAAUAUAUCUUUUCUUGCGCCUAUUUUACCCGAAUCUGAGGAAAUGGUGAUUCAUGUCGUGGGUGAAAAAAUACUCGACAGAGGAUUAAGAAUUCCUAUAAGCCAAUCUAAUGCAAACGAUCAUGUAUUGCACCGGGUUAUUAAAUCAAGAAAGUCGUUGAAAGUUAAUUGUACAGAACUGGACCAAGAAUUAUUAGAACAUUUAAACUCUGUUAGUAAACUGGUACCUGAUACACUACUCAGUAUUCCUAUUGAACAUCCUAGCGAGCAGUAUAUUGCUCUAAUUGUUACGUUGGUCAAUUGCCCUGAGGAUCAAGACACUGAAGAUAUUUGUAUUAAAAUUAUCGAAGAAUGUUUUCGAUAUUGCUUGGGAAUGUUGUUAAAUGCUUUGAGAUGUCAAGAAGAAACGCGGUUGAAAGUUCAAUGUCAAGAUUUACUUACUGUUUCAAGAAAACUUUUUACUCAUUUAGGUGACCUGCCGGACUUGUUAAGAGAAAUAAUGGUUGAAGCAAGAAAAUUAACUAAUGCUGAGAGGUGCUCAUUGUUUUUGAUAGACCACGAGCAUCAUGAACUCGUCGCUAAAGUUUUCGAUGGAAUUUCAACAUCGGAUGAAAUGCGAAUAGCUUCAAAUCAAGGAAUAGCCGGUCACGUGGCAACUUCAGGAGAACUAAUAAACAUAAGAAACGCUUAUGAACAUCCAUUAUUUUACAGCGGAAUUGAUGAAGUGACAGGAUUUAAAACGAGAAAUAUUUUAUGCUUUCCUAUACGUGAUGAAAAUCAAAUUAUCGGAGUAGCUCAAUUGUGUAACAAAAUAAAUGGACUGUAUUUCGAUGUGUGUGAUGAGGAAGUUGCUACAGCUUUUAGUAUUUAUUGUGGAAUUUCUAUAAUGCAUAGUAUAAUUUAUAAAAAAAUUCAAGACUCUCAAGCAAGAAGUAAACUGAGCAACGAAUUAAUGAUGUACCAUAUGAAACAGGUAGAGGAAGAAGCGGUUCAAGCAUUACUCAACUGUCGAGAUGAUCACAGUCCUAAAGAUUUUGAUAAAUUCCAUUUUACGCCUCGUAAUAUCCCGCAUCAACAUACGCCUUGCUAUGUAUUAAAAAUGUUUGAUGAACUUGAUCUAAUUACAGUGUGGAGAAUAAAACGAAAAACAUUAGCUAGAUUUAUACUUUACGUGAAGAAAGGAUACCGAGAUGCUCCUUAUCACAAUUGGGUCCAUGCAUUUUCUGUCGCACACUUUGCUUAUUUGAUGAUCAAAAAUUUAAAUCUUGUUAAAAAUAAUUACAUGACUCGACUCCAGUCAUUAGUUUUUCUUGUAUCAGGCUUGUGCCACGAUAUUGACCAUAGAGGGACCAAUAAUUCAUUUCAAACGCAGUGUGGUACUGUAUUAGCGAGUCUUUAUAGUUCGGAGGGUUCCGUGAUGGAACGACACCAUUUAGCACAGUCUAUGUGCAUUCUCAAUACCGAAGGUUGUAAUAUUUUUGAAAAUCUUACUAGUGAUGAAUACAGCGAGGCCCUAGAUUUACUUCGAAACAAUAUUCUUGCCACUGAUUUGGCAUCGCACUUUCGUUCAAUUGAUGAGCAAGACGAAAUGAUUAAGCAAGGAUUCAGUAAUGAAGAUCCGAUUCAUCAAAAACUUUUGCAUGCCAUGUUGAUGACUUGCUGCGAUUUAAACGACCAGACGAAGGAUUGGAAAACGUCCAAAAAAACUGCUGAACAAAUAUACGACGAAUUUUUUUCUCAGGGAGAUUUAGAAAAAAGUAUGGGCACUGCCCCAAUUGAAAUGAUGGAUCGCGAAAGAGCAUCAAUACCAGAUUUACAAGUACAAUUUAUAACAAAUCUUGUUUUGCCUUUAUUUGAAAAUUUAUCUACAUUAUUUCCUACUGCCGACUGUCUUGUUGAAGCAAUAAAACGAAACCGUGAAAUUUGGCGAGUUGCCAUACCUAUAUUUCACAGAUACAGCGAAAUAGGAAUAAAAGGAAUGGAUAUACUUUUGGAUCCAAGUAUUGAAAACGAAAUUCUGACUGCCUACCACACACAAACAGUGCCGACAUAGACUAAAUAAAAUAUUAUACACAUUAUAUUAUAUAUAUUAAUACUAAAAAUCUAUAUAUGAGGUACUGCACGCUAAAUCAACCACUUCGACAGCUUGUAUUUCAUGAUUAUAUGAAUUUCUACUAGUUAUUGUAUUCAAUAAGACAAUUUUAUUUUUUUUUAAUUUUAUUUAAGGCUCUUAUUAAGUAUAAUAAUUAGUAAAGGUUUCAAGAAAAUAAUAAAAAAGGUUUUUAAGUGGUAGAUUUUUCAUAGAAUACUCCGUAUACAUAUAAAUAUUUUAAAUUAUAUUUUUUAUUAGCGAUAAUAAAUUAAAAAGUGCUUGUUAUUUUUAGAUGUUUAGAAUACUCUUACAGCUAUUUUUAUUAUGAUUACACUGUCUUUAAUGAAUAUGAAAAUUAUAAACAUUCUAAAGUAUCGCUGCUGUUGUGAUAGAAAUAUUUAAACUAAUAGUUUAUAGUAAAUUAUAGUGCAAAAAUAUAAAUUUCAGAGCGCUGGCGCCUUUUACAUUGUAUAAAUUAUUAUUUAUCAAAUAAGUAGAUAUUAUUUUUAGUAGUGUAGAAAAAACAAACUUAAUUAAAUUUAAUAAUCUACAUUUUUAUUCUUUAUUCUAUUAUUAAAUAUUCAAAUAUCUUUUGAUGUAAUCUAUAAAAAUUCAAUAAAUAGUUUUUUGUCAAAUU